GCAGAUUUUAAAAGCAGUUUCUCUUCAAAUCAUCUUUCAUACCACCUGAUAAGCAUCUUGAUUCACCAUGGCAUUGGCAGCAGUAAAAUGGGCUAUAUCAAGCAGAACUAUCUUGAAAUAUUUAUUUCCGAUUCAAAAUGGAGCCUUAUAUCGUGCUUGUCAUAAAACUAUGUAUCCUUCUCUUCCAGAUGACUAUAAUUGCAAAGUAGAGCUUGCUUUGACAUCUGAUGGCAGGACAAUAGUAUGCUAUCACCCUUCUGUGGACAUUCCGUAUGAGCACACAAAACCUAUCCCUCGGCCAGAUCCUGUGCAGAAUAAUGAAGAAACACAUGAUCUAGUGCUGAAAACCAGAUUAGAAGAAAAAGGUGAACACUUAGAGCAAGGACCCAUGAUAGAACAACUUAGCAAAAUGUUCUUUACUACUAAGCACCGUUGGUAUCCUCGUGGACAGUAUCAUAGACGUCGUAGGAAACUGAAUCCUCCAAAAGACAGAUGAUAUUGAGGUUUUCAGGAAUCAAAGAGAAAUGUUAUCCUGCGUCUCAUUUGCCAUUUGAGAAA